GCGACCUUCUCCUGGCUAUCCUUCUUCCUCAAUCAGUCCACGCCUCAGUCAAUGAAUCCCUUAUGUUCUUUCUGAAUCGCAGCGAUCAUAACUAGCAUAGGUGACUAGAGUUUCUCAAAUUGUAGCUUUGCUUGAAGAAAACUGUUACUUUAGUUCAAUGGAGUCAUUGUUAGGAUUCAAAGAGGAAGCCAUUGUGUUUGAUGCUGGUAACGAAGAGAAAUCUUCGUUAUCAUCACCUUCUUCAGUAUCUCACAGCUACAAGUUGGUGCCGUGGUUGAAUUGGGAAGAGUGGGUAUGGGUUAGAGAUUUUUUGUUCUCUGAUUCUCCUAAAAAUAUAUCCUCUGCCCUUAAAAGGAUAUCAACAUGGCGAAGCAGAGGAUGCGUACCGGUGGUGAUUGAUAUCACAGCUUCUAUCAUCGAAAUUCAGCAAAAGGAUCCUUUUUACAGAAAGGACCUGCGAAGUGAGGCUGUACAUUCAGAGCAAAUGCUGGCUAUGCUUUAUUGCAUGGCUAUCUUGAGGCUUGUGAACUGUGUUGUUGAAAAGACACGGAAAAAAACUGAAAUUUCAAUUGCUGAGGCAGCUGGUGCAAUUGGUAUUCCACGUACGCUGAUUGACGUUCGGCAUGAGGGUUCUCACCGUGAUCUACCUGCACUAACACUACUUCGGGAUUCAGCAGUUAAGGCAAUUCAUUGGUUGAAAUCAUAUUAUUGGGAGCCUCAGACUGAACAGAUUCCAUUCCAGAGAGAUGGAACUGCUAAAAUCAGGAAGGAAAUCAAAUCAAAAUUCCGAGAACUAGCAUCGUGCUUGAAAGUCAGGCAGAGUCCCCAACCUGAUGCUCCACUAAUCAAAGGAAAACGUGGCCAACAUCGGGAACAGCUUUGUGGCCGCAAUAAGUUUUUCUCACUUAUGGCCAGCAAGCUGUCUUUGUCCAAAUCUGGGGGUUCCAAGAAGCAUAGUAUGAAGACCUUGAAAACUCUCGUUCAUUUGUAUUCUUCCUUCUCAUCAGAAGUACUAUCUGUAUUGCUGGAGUUGUUGCUCAAGGCUCUGGAUUCUUCAAACUUGGUGCAGCUUCCUAAAGAUGAUGAAAUUGGCCAAGACAUACACACACUGUUGGAUCAUUGGAAGCUUGUGAUAACAAAAUUAUCAAACAAGGAACCAGAAAUAAUUCCAAUGCUUCUCAAGGCUGUUCUAGAUAUGAUCGAGACUCGAGAAGCAUUGAAAUAUGAAAUAGGAACAUACUCUACAUCAAUGGAGUCUACAGCAGGAACUUUCAAGGUUGAACAACUUUCUUCUUUGUUUGAAUGGCUUGUUGAACUACUUAAAUCACUGAAUCCAUUUUGCCAAAAAGAUGCCAAAGUGAAAAAUGAAGUCUCUGCUACAGAAAUGAAUAUGUCAAAUCCAAUUCUGAUGGAAGUGAUACGAAAAUGUCUUGUGAUAUCAUCAUAUGGCAACAAGCAGUUGAUGGAUUCGGCACUACAUCUUGCUGAGCUUAUAGGCAAUAACCUUUUGAUAAAGAAACUUUCCAAAGUGAGUUUUCUUGGACUAUCAGAUUCAGCCGACACUGAAGAAAAUUAUUCUUUUAAGAGUUUCAGUAACAUGCUUGUCCAGCAAGAUGAGUCUAUCCAUAAAGCUGCUGAUAAGCUAGAGCUGAUUAAACAUUGUAUAGCUAAGCGAAGAAUUGUGAAGACUUUGGCCGGUGAUUCAGUAAUUGCAAGCAGAUGGACUGUGGCGAAAUCAUGGAACCCAUGUCCAAUAGGUAUGUUGCCUCAGGAUCUUGGGUCUUCUGGCCGUCUUCCUGUCCUUGACCAAGAUAAUGUCGAUACCAAAUUUGUGGAUUCAUUGGAAAGGACACAAACCUCAGAACUGCGACAAUGUAGUGAUGCAGAAGAACCUAGCUCUGAUAUUCAUUGUAAUAAAACAGAUGUUGAGAAGGCAAGUGGUAAGCGAGAAGCUUGUUUUGAUAUUUGUUUAUUGGACAGGUCGAAUGUUAAGAAGAUAAGAGUGACUAGAGAAAGUGGUGAAUCAGACGAAGAUGUUUUGUUCCCAACAGACGUCGAAGGCUGUCUAAUUGUAAAUGGAGUCUGGAAGAAAAUCAAGGAAGAGGAGCUACUCGCAAUUAAGUCUAGUGUAAGGAUUCUGGUUUAGUUGCUUCUUUAUUUAUGAGCCUAGUUUAUUGAUGGCAUUCAUUUAUGAUGAUAAACCUAGCAUUAGGAAAACUGACCUAUGGACACACGCAUACAAGCAUAAACACAAAGUAUGUAGCAUUGAAGUAGGACUGUAAAAGAAACCUGUUGCAGACACAUACAUACAUAACUAUCAGUAGGUAUCUCCGUGCACUGAUACAUGCGUACAUGCUUCGUUUAAGAUCUCUUUCGGUGCUGUUGGCAACGGAGUGAUACAUUUUGGUUUGAGGAGUUUCAUUUAUGGAACUGAUUUUACUGUUACAUUUGUGAAGCCCUAGUAAACUGGUUUUAUCCUGACAAGCUGGUAAGGCUUUAUGCUUUAAUUGGUAUUCCUCUUUUAUGUCU